AUGAACAAAUACACGAGUCAGGGUUUUGCAAGUCAACUCCCUGAAGGUUCUGCCAAUGCGCGUCAACAGACGUUGCAGCUUCCCGCGUGGGUUGCUUUCUCCUUACUCUGUCACAAAGUUCGGACUGCGCAGGAUGCCCAGGACGGUCUGUUACGUCUUACGUUUAAGCAUUCGUGGUCCCUUGGCUCUAAAGACCGCCCAGCAUUAUUGAUUCUGUCCACGCACGCGCUCGCCCACUUCGACAUUCUUACGCCGAUGCGUAAAAUCGUGGAGCAGUUCCUCGCACGCACAAUUCAGUUUCCUGCAUUUCACUUCAAUGCUUUUCUCCGCGGCCUUUCUGGUUUCACUCGUUCAGAAGAGGCGGCCAAUCUUGCUGUAUCUGUACUCGAGGCAAUGUCAGCACGAGGAGUGCCGUUAUGGCUGGAAACAUACAAGUCGCUGAUGCGAGAUCGUUUUGUCACUCUCCAAUUGACCAAGAUCCUCCACACGAAGAUGGUCCACGAAGGAGUUGUACCAACCGCAGAACAUUUAGAGGCCUUCCUUCGCAUCUUUUCCAAACAUGGAGCCGUUCAGGAUUCACAGGAAUAUCUCCGUGCCAUCCGUCGAUACUGUGUAGAGCAUGGCCUAACAGUACCUCACGGGCCGGAUGUUCACCUCCGCGGUGCUGAUCUCUCAGGGACAACACACCCUGCAAACACGCUAUAUAUCGGAUCUUUGCGGCAUGACUGUGCUUCCGCGUUUCAUUAUCUCCAUAAGCUUCUGCAGCUUGAUGCUGCCCACAACUCUAGAUCUGUCACAACCGUCCCAGGACCUUUAUCUCGCCACGCAUCCACAAAGUUCUGGUCUGGUACCAAGACCAGCGUGGACAUCUUUGAUUGGACAACUGCACUCAUUUCUGCAGCAAACGACAAGCGGACCUCCACAUCCACCCUUGUCACGCUUUUUGAGCGCGCACGCGAACGAACGAAGCAGUUCAGACCCACCGUUGUCACAUAUACCGUCGUGCUUCGUGGCUUACUCUUCCGAGGAGCUUUCGAUGAAGCCUUAAAGAUAUGGAAUCAGUUGCUCGAUUCAGAUCUUUUGCUUGAUCGCAAGGCACUGACUGUGGGUGUACAAGUCCUUGCUCGUGGAGGGCACCCGCAGGAUGCAUUCUACCUUCUGAACUCGUUCAUGGACGCACAGCGCACCUCUUCGCAUCCAGCAUCCCUUCCAAAUGACAAACAUAUUGCCCCAGCAGUCCAUCAUUGGAUCAAUAUCAUCGUCAUCAACGAAUUCAUGGUCUCCCUACUGCGCAUUCGCCGCCCAGAUGUCAUCUUCCAGCUGUGGGACCACCUCGAACAGCUCUAUUCUGUGCUUCCAAACGAAGCCACGUUAAACAUCCUCCUCAAAGCUGCCGUGCUCGCAACCAAGAUGGAUAAUGAGUCUGUGCGAGGGACAUUCGCGCACUUGUUCCAUACGCCUACAGCAGAGUCCAGCAGCCCUAUCGACUUGAUCAUGGAACAGCUUCAGUCUGCGCAUCCGCCGUCAGUCGUUGGGAUCUGGAAGGACCGCCGCGCGGGUGACGUAGCUCGAGACAUUUUCCGUACUAUAAUGUAUGGAAAUUGGAAGCGGCUCCUAGAUGUAAAGGCACCCGCCUCCGUCGUGCACUCUAAGAACGCUGAGGCUACCCCUCUUUACCCGCUAGUGGAACUAGCCAAAAGCAUUACAAUACCGUUCUCCACGCGCAAAGACCAUGAUGCGCAACUGAAAAUCAUUCCCGCAGAUGCCCAUUCACCCGAAAAGAAGCCAUACCAUCCCUAUCUGUCUAUCGUACCCACCGACCUGACCUUCUCGACCUACAUCCAGCUUCUGGGUUUCACUGGGCGCGCUUCAGAAAUUUCGCUUACACUCGCGUGGAUGCGCGCGCUUCAGAUAAAUCCCUCGCGCAACACAUUGUCGAUUGCGCUCGUGUUCUGGGCUGAGGUGUCCUUGCACGGUCCAUUGUUUGAGGAGUGGGCGGAACGACGAAAGAAAGGGGAGAGUGAAUAUGGGCGGCUGGUUAGAUGGAUGACUGAGUGGGUUGGGGAGGAGGCUCCGACAGAGUCAGACAUACAAAAGGCGUUGAGAGCGGUGGCCAAGAUGAGAAACAGUUCUUUUGGUCGAUCAUGA